AUGCAUAAAUGUCAUUGUCUAAAAGUUACUACCACGCGGCCAUUACGUAAGUUUGCUGAAACGGUUGGAGAUUUUUAUUGCGGUGGACGAGUGCUUUUUUAUUCAGCAGAAGGCAACAAUCGCUUGGUCGAAAGUUUGCGACAAUUUCAAGAUGAUAUGGAUUCGUUAAACCGAAUUUCCAACAACAAAUCGAAUUCUGAAAUGGUGAAUCGUAUACACCAGCAAAAUGCUACCAGUUCAGAAAUAUUGAAAGAAAAUCGCGAGCUAAAAAUAUGCAUUGAAGAUUAUGAACGCACCAUGGAGUUCAUAAUGCAAAAAUAUCGCGAACCUACAACCAGCAAAAUACUCGAAAGCAAAAUUAACUUCAAAGAAGUAUAUAAUGAGGAACUGUGGAUAAUCAUAUGUGAACAAAAACGCCUGCUACACCUACAUAUCUAUAAUGGCAUUGCCCACUAAAACGCCCAAGAUUGGUCACACACGUAUGUAUGCAUUCCCGAUACACGCAUAUACGGUCAUCCCAUCAAAUGCAACCAGCAGCCUUCCAGCCAGAAAUAAUCGCGAAGAAACAAGUAUUUGCAUUAAUUGGAGACAAAUCCUAUGAAUUCGAUAAUUCAUAAAAACGGGCGUAAUUUUUUCGAGUUGCGCCUCCAUCGACACCCACAAAAACAAAUGCACCUCCAUUGGAUGGUAUGAUGGCACACACGCCCACACAAGGACCACCUGCUAUGCACAGUGGCGGAUAUGAUUCGAGAGUUGCGCACGG